AUGUUUCGAUUCAUAACACUGUGUUUGGUUCUUAUCGGUCUUACAGUUGCAAUACCAGUCGACAACGGGGUUGAAGGUGAACCGGAGAUCGAAUGUGGACCGUCUUCAAUAACUGUCAAUUUCAAUACUCGUAAUCCAUUCGAGGGACACGUUUACGUUAAAGGAUUAUUCGAUCAGGAAGGAUGCAGAUCAGACGAAGGUGGACGUCAGGUCGCUGGUAUAGAACUACCUUUUGAUACGUGCAACGUGGCACGUACUCGAUCUUUAAAUCCUCGGGGAGUAUUUGUGACAACGACUAUCGUUAUCUCUUUCCAUCCACUAUUUAUGACAAAAGUUGAUCGUGUUUAUCGUGUCCAGUGCUUUUAUAUGGAAGCCGAUAAGACUGUCACUACUCAACUUGAAGUUUCUGAAAUUACAACGGCUUUUCAAACACAAAUUGUCCCAAUGCCUAUUUGCAGAUACGAAAUUCUUGAUGGCGGUCCAACCGGGCAACCAAUUCAAUUUGCUCUUAUUGGCCAACAGGUUUACCAUAAAUGGACAUGUGAUUCGGAAACGGUUGAUACAUUCUGUGCCAUUGUGCACUCAUGCUUUGUUGAUGAUGGCAACGGUGACACCGUUCAACUUCUCAAUGAAGAAGGAUGCGCUCUUGAUAAAUAUUUAUUGAACAACUUGGAAUAUCCAACCGAUCUUAUGGCUGGCCAAGAAGCUCAUGUCUAUAAGUAUGCUGACCGAUCACAACUGUUCUACCAAUGUCAAAUUGCUAUAACCAUUAAAGAUCCAAACAGCGAAUGUGAACGACCAAGAUGCAUCGAACCGCAUGGUUUUGGUGCUGUUAGAGCAAGUGGAGUUGCCCAACGUUUAGCAGCAGGUGCUGCUCAAUUACGACUUCUUCGAAAACGCUCGGCAGAUGAUAAUACUGUAGAUGUCCGUGCAGAAUUUGAUGCUCUCGAUAUCUUGGAUCAGAAUCAAGUUUUACCGGAUGAAAUUCGUUAUCGAGCACGACUUCAAUAUGGACAACCAGUUGUACUUCAAACUGUUCGAAAUGGAAUUUGCAUUUCGCCAAUUGGCUUUUCUAUGUUUAUAGGAAUUGGAAUAUUUAUUGUUGCAGCAUCGAUGGUACUCACUAAAUUUUUACGCAAAUAA